AUGGACUGUGGGAGUGCUGGCAGGGUUGCGGGCAUAGAACCCCAAACCCUCGACAAUUGGCAAACGGAAUCUACCUCUAUUUCUUACUGGAAACACGCGGGUUGUGAGCGUCCGCUUGAUUGGAGCUCCAGCCCGGAUUCAAGUCAGAACUAUGAGGAGACGGUGGAUUUAAACGCUCUUAACGGGCCCUUGCUAAACGGGCAGCCUGAUGCCUUAUUCAUAGGCCCGUCAUGCAGCUAUCAGAGAGGCGACAGCAGAAGAACACAUUCGACUACGCCCUCCAAGAAGUUCAAGGUAGAUGCUACAAUUAAAGGCACUAUUGGUGCUACAGUCAACUCGAGAAGUUUGCUUUCUGCCGACGACAGCUUCCACCUAGAUAAAUCAUGUCCCCACUACCAACUGUUCAAUAAUAUGGCUGCUGGAGUUUCCCUGGAAGCUCCUCUCCUCUACCGUUACACAAAAGGCUUCACCACUGCGGGGAAUACGGUAAUCGUUAAAGAUGUCGGGAAUUUACCACAGGAUACGGGACUCUCAUAUAGUCCGCCUGGCCAGUUUUUGUCGUUCCAGAAUUCAAGCCAAGCGUUCCAAUUCCCAUCGACAGAAACAUGGGACGAGCCCUCUACGAGCCUAUCGGCCGACCAGAAGCCUAACCAGGUGCCUAACGAGAUACCAAUUGCAGUGUCGACGGGGUCUCGACAGCUAAAUAAGGGACUAAACGCUUUGUGUAGUAUUCAUGAGCCGACGCUCUCACUUGAAUCGUGUUCGUUGCAGAGCCUCGAGUCCCAACUGCCUAUAAAUAUGCCUGCUGCACCACUGCCGCUGGCCGAGCUCGAUCCGAGCUUUUGUGGAGAAAAUAAUGGGGAGGAGGACGGUUCUCAGUACAAUUUAGAAAGCUUGUUUGGGUCUGGCGAUUUCUCCGCUAUUUACGAAUGCUCUUACUCUGCCGCCAGCGAUGAGAUCCCAGCGUUCCCUGAGCGAAAAUUGGAUGAAGACAGCACGUGGAAUGUCUCGCAGAAUGGUGAUGCGGCUCCAUCGGAAAUUAUCCCGCGACUACGGGGUGCAAGGGCGCUUGUGGUCGGCGAGACUGCACCGGAGAACCUACUUACUCCGGCUCCCUCAAUGUCUAGGGCUCCAUCAAAUGUGGCACAGCGUUUAACUCCUCGGCCACAGUCUCUUGGGCUCCAGUCUGUAGCGACGGUCAGGAAGCGUAAGCAAUGUGGCCCGAGUCUGUCGUUAGACAGUCAGCCAAAUCUGCUUCAGAUUGUACAGGAAAAUGGCCAGAAUGGAUCGAUCGCCUCGGCUGAUUUUGACUCCCCACUACGCCGCGCGCGCCGUACGGGACCUUUGACUAUGGUGGGCCGGACGAAUGCAGGUUUGCGGAGAAGGAAAAAAGACACCUGUGUCCAAUGCCGACUAAGAAAGCGAAAGUGUGAUGGUAACUCUCCAUGUGACGCUUGUCGUCCGACGAUCCACGAACAACCGUGUGUCCGAGCUUGCUUUGCCAACAUUGUUGAAUAUGGAACAUCUCAACGAGCUAUCAAUCACCCCACUUUGGACAGAUCUGGCCAUGUGCGGAUGGAAAUUCCAUUUGAAUUUGACCUGGAUGACCUUCUUUCAUUCCUCCGCGAGCGACGAGGACGAUUCAACAUUCGUGCCAGCCAAGCGUGGGGAUCGCUGUACAUUCUGGACUUGGGUGAGACUUAUAAAUUCCUCCGAAGUUUGAGUGACUACAACGGCAACUCUAGGUCGAACUUCCUGGAAUUCGUUGAUCGACGGAUUGUGGAGUCGAAGGAUAAGUCUAAGAACUGGCCGACGUGUGUGAAGGACUGUGAUCCGAUGAGCAAUAUCUAUUCUCUCCUCUCACAAUGGAAUAACAUGCCCAGCCGUGCGAGCUACAGUUUUGUUUCUAUUAAAGAAGGGGUUGAAGGAAGACCCAUGGAUAUCUGUAAUCUGGGUGAUCAGCGUGAGAUUCUUCUUGCUGCACAGCUUUCUCGAAUUGUUUGCCGGAUGCUGGAAGUAGAAGGGUUCCGCAAGCUGGAGCAAGACCUUUACAGCAUCAAAUGGAAGCAGAUAUCUCAAGAAAUGCACCUUCGCUUCUUGAGCGAGCUUGGCCAUAUCGUUCUGUCUCUUCGCUGGCGAGUUUCCUGGUGGAAACGCCUCGGCGAUGGUGGCCGCGAGCCAGAUCCGGGCAAGCAACAUUAUGUAGAUCGCGUUGACCUGCUGUGCAGGAUUCUUUACGUUUACUACACCUGCGUGCUUGCGAAACUUCCUUCUUGGUCCACCUCAGAAGCUCCUAAGGGUGUGUGUCCACUUACCCUGACUCCAAAACUGCCAUCUGGGACGACUUUCCUGUGGAUCCCAGUGACGAAGGAUUCCAAAAAUGGAUGGAGACGGGCCAAGAGCUUAUUGAACAGGCUGUUGACCCGACCCGCGUCAUGGGAACUUAUACGUAUUUAA